AUGGCCAUGUCCGCCACCUCCUCCGCUCUGCUCGGCGUUCUCCUCUUCUCGGCGGUGGUCUACUGCUCCGGAGCGGGGGACUCGCCCCUGGACCAGCUGUGCGGGAACCUGGGCGGCUACUACGUCACGCCGGAGCUCUGCACCUCGGCACUCUGCGGCGCCGACCCCUCCGCCUGCCGCAACGCGCGCAGCAAACCGGAGCUCGCCGCUCUCGCCACCAGGCUCGCGGCGGCCAACGCCACCGCGACCAAGGCCAGCAUCGAGUCCGCGCUCGGCCACGGCGCCGGGAGGGACGCCGAGGCCACCAAGGGCCUGCGCUCGUGCCUGCAGCUCUACGCGGGCGCCGUGCCGGCGCUGCAGUGGGCGACGCAGGCCGUGGCCGCCGGGCGGUACCGCGGCGCGGGGGAGGUGCUGCAGGCGGCAGUGUACAUCGGGUCCGGGUGCACCGGCAUGGCCGGCCAGGCGACGCUGCCCAGGGAGAACGACCGGUUCAGCUCCAUGGCCAUCGUCGCGCACGCCGUCGUCGCAUUCAUGACCGGUUACUGA